UCCACUUCAGCAUGAUACUACCCCCAAAAUUGAAGCUACUGCUGUUCCUGUCUUCCCAGAUGGCCAUCUUUAUCCUAUUCAUCCAUCUCUACAGCUAUAACUUCAACUCCCAGAAUACGAAGGAGGAACCCAACCCCACACACAUGCACGUGCUGGUCCUGUCUUCGUGGCGCUCUGGCUCUUCUUUUGUGGGGCAGCUUUUUGCACAGCACCCAGAUGUCUUCUACCUGAUGGAGCCUGCCUGGCACGUCUGGAUGACCUUCACACAAAGCACUGCCCAAAGGCUGCACAUGGCAGUGCGGGAUCUGAUACGGGCUGUCUUUCUGUGUGACAUGAGUGUCUUUGACGCCUACAUGAAACCUGGGCCCCGAAAACAGUCCAGCCUCUUCCAGUGGUACACCAGCCGUGCCCUGUGUUCCCCACCUGCCUGCAACGUCUUGCCACAAAAUGAGACCAUAUCCCAGUCUGACUGCAGGAUCCUGUGCAAUCAAGAGCCCUUUGAGGUGGUAGAGAAGGCCUGCCACUCCCACAGCCACGUUGUGCUCAAGGAGGUGCGCUUCUUCAACCUGCAGGUGCUCUACCCACUGCUGAGAGACCCUUCCCUUAAUCUGCACAUUGUACAUCUAGUCCGGGACCCCCGGGCGGUAUUCCGUUCCCGAGAACGCACCACGCAGGAUCUCAUGAUUGACAGCCACAUUGUGAUGGGGCAGGACUGGCAGAAACUCAAGAAGGAGGAUCAACCAUACUAUGCAAUGCAAGUCAUCUGCCAAAGCCAGCUGGAGAUCUACAAGGCUGUGCAGUCCUUGCCCAAAGUCCUAAGGCAGCGCUACCUGCUCAUGCGCUAUGAGGACUUGGCCCGGGACCCCCUGGCCCAGACUGCCCGAAUGUAUGAAUAUGUGGGGUUGAAAUUCUUGCCCCAGCUCCAGACCUGGGUGUACAACAUCACUCGAGGCAAGGGCAUGGGGGGGCACGCCUUCCAGACAAAUGCCAGGAACGCCCUCAGUGUCUCUCAGGCCUGGCGCUGGUCCCUGCCUUACGAAAAGGUUUCUCGACUUCAGAAAGUCUGUGGGAAUACCAUGAAUUUGCUGGGCUACCACCUUGCCACAUCUGAGCAAGAGCAGAAAAACCUAUCACUGGAUCUUUUGUCUACUUGGAGUCCCUACCAGCAAAUCUACCAAGAGGGUUGA